UCGUUCGUCAUUCAAUUCAACCACAAUAGAAGCAGCGCGAAGCGUGUAUUUGUAAAGGAUGGCUGGACCGGCUUCAGUUGCUGGUGAUGUUUUUGUUGAUGCUCUGCCUUAUUUCGACCAGGGUUAUGAUGCUCCAGGAGUCCGAGAAGCCGCAGCUGCUUUGGUGGAGGAAGAGACAAGACGAUACAGACCAACGAAAAACUAUUUGAGUUACCUGCCCACACCAGAUUUCUCUGCUUUUGAGACAGAGAUCAUGAGAAAUGAGUUUGAGAGACUGGCUGCUCGUCAACCCAUGGAGCUGCUCAGUAUGAAGAGAUAUGAGCUUCCUGCUCCAUCGUCUGGGCAGAAGAAUGACAUCACAGCAUGGCAGGACUGUGUCAAUAACUCUAUGGCCCAGCUGGAGCAUCAGGCAGUUCGCAUUGAGAACCUUGAGCUCAUGGCCCAGUAUGGAUCUAAUGCAUGGAAGGUGUCUAAUGAUAACUUGGCCUUAAUGAUUGAAAAUGCACAAAAGGAACUGCAGAAGGUUAGAAAGCAGAUACAGGACCUGAACUGGCAGCGCAAAAACGAUCAGCUGGCUGGAGGAAGCAAACUACGAGAACUAGAGUCAAACUGGGUGUCUCUCGUUAGUAAGAACUACGAAAUUGAGCGAGCCAUCGUCCAGCUGGAGAACGAAGUGGCACAGAUGAAACAGCAACAGGGUGAUGAAAACAAAGAAAAUAUUCGACAGGACUUUUAAAUAAAGGAAACAGUUUAACACCAUCAUGAAACUCACUAAAGCAAAGGAUCUCCGAAGUGUGGCAUUGUGUUUCUUAAUACUUGUUUUGUUUUUGUGGCGAACAGCGAAAAUAGUCUUUAUAAAACACAAAUGAGCAAUAGUGUUAAUAGUGCAAAUAGCUGGUGUAUAGUCCAUGAAUUUGCACCAAAAUUAAACAAGAUGUCAACUUUUCUAUUUGUUUACUGUAUACGUAAAGAAGUUCAUGUGGGUGUGUUGUCAUUUAUAAUAAUUUUGUGUUUUUAUGUUUGAUUACCGGAUGGACAUUUUGUUCAGCUCAAUUUGUAAUAUUUUUUUAAAAUACACAAUAAAAUGGUGAAAUGAU